CCUUUAUUUAUCGUUUUUUCUUCCAGAGAUACCUACUCUCAUCAUUAAGGGUUUGCAUCAAUGGUUUGCUGAGCAACCUGGAUCACUUCGCUUGUUACUAGAGACUCUGGGUGUGGUUAGUUCAUUUGGUUUUGGUGAUGACGGAAUCUCGAUCCAGUAUGAAGAUUGUUACACAGCAUUGAAAUCCCUAUGUGGAUGCUCUUUAGGACGGAAGAUGGAUGUAGAAGGUGUGAAAUCUCUCUCUAUUGUUGACUAUGUUCUCACAUGGAAGGAAGAGAAGAGGGCCUUGGAGGGUGACAAACUUACCUUGUUGUCUCCACCCUUAAGAAGACAACCAAUCGUGCUUGACCCAAAUGACAAUUACACGUUUAUUCAGAAGAAAAGGAAGCGUGUUUGACCCAAGAUCAGGUGUCGGGGAAGAUACUCGCGAAGGGGCCUAAAGUUGGAAGACUAUUUCCACUACACUUUUCAAUUCCUAGUUGUUUAUCUUUGGCUUGUGUGUCUGUUAACACUCCAAAUGAAGUUUGGCACAAACGUUUGGGUCAUCCAAAGUCUGUUGUUCUAUCUCAUAUGUUAAAUUCGUGUUUGUUAAGCAAUAAAGAACAAGUUUCUAAAAAUUUGUCAUUUGACUGUUCUGUAUGCAAACUUGGUAAGAGUAAGACUCUUUCGUUCUCUUCUCAUGGUAGUCGUGCUAAAAAAUGUUUUGAUAUUGUGCAUAGUGAUGUAUGGGGUAUUUCUCCUAUUAUUUCUCAUGCUCGAUACAAAUAUUUUGUGACAUUCAUCGAUGAUUUUAGUCGGUAUACUUGGGUCUAUUUUCUUCGGUCCAAAUCUGAGGUCUUGUCUGUUUUUCAGACCUUCGUAGCAUAUGUUGAGACCCAAUUUUCUACAGGUAUUAAGAUUUUGAGGUCUGAUUCUGGUGGAGAAUAUAUGUCCCACGAGUUUCAUGAUUUCUUAAAUCACAAAGGAAUUGUCUCUCAGCGCUCUUGUCCUUA